AUUCACGUAGGUUGGUGUACUUUGUUUAUUAUAAACAAUGUUACCUUCAAACAAAUAUAUUAGAAAGAUAAACAGAAAAUAAUGUUUGAAGAGAAUACUUUUUCACACUCUACAUAAGCAUUCUCAGCCUGCAAAGUAUGAAACUGUCAAACUUUUUUUAUACCAAAAAGAUGUGACAAUCCUUACUGAUGAUGAAGAUUAUUUCUGAAGAAACAAUCAAACUGAUCAUCAUUAAUGUUCUGAUCAUCGUCCAACAUCUGAUCAGAAAUUCUCAUGGAAUUAUUCAAAUACGAAAAAGUUUGUCUAAGAAUUCAGAUUUAUACUUUUAUGCUAGAGACAAAGGACUCCUGUCUUUCCCUAGCAAUAAUUUGCCUCAAAAUGUAAUUACACGAAAACUGAGAAAUGUUGCACCUUCCAUAUUUCCAAGUAGACAAAAAGACGGUGAAGUCUCAGAACACUUGAAAUCUUUCAUAGAAUCAAGUCAAGAUGGACAUGUUUUGAAUGAAGUGUAUUCUAACAGAGGAGAAGAUGGACAACAACAGGAGAUAGAAGAGGGAGUAGACGAUGUCAACCAUUGUGUUCCAAUUCAUGAGCCUAUUUGUCAUGGUCUUCAAUAUACUCAUACUUGGUUACCGAACUCGGUUGGUCUAACAACACAAGAAGAAGCAGCGAAACGCAUGAAUGAUUAUCGUUCUCUUAUCAAUGUUGGCUGUUCACAGUAUUUAAAAUUUUUCCUAUGUACAAUAUAUUUCCCAAUGUGUACUCCAGCGUUAAAUCCCCCAGCGGCUUUACAACCAUGUCAGAAUUUAUGUCGUUAUGUUCAGUCAAAGUGUGAGCCAAUAAUGAAGAGUUUCAGUUUCCCUUGGCCAAUUGAACUAAACUGUAAGUCACUACCGUCAGAUUCCGGAAUGUGUAUACAACCGCAAAAUUAUGAUCUCGAUAAGAAUGGACAAAUUAUUAGUCAAGGGAUACCGUCUGAAGCACAUGGAGCUAUCGCUGAAUUACUACCUGAUUUUAGUGAAUUUUUGGCACAUCAAAGCGCACACAAUCAGCAUUUAAGCGGACAAACUAAUCAGACUAAUAGUAACCAUCAAAAUUCACCUCCAUUGCAGGAUAAUCAAGCUGAGCUGAAAAAUUAUCAUCUACUUCAAAAGGCCAGACUACAUGCCUCAAAAUGCAGUAUUGUUGAAGUACCUUUAUAUUCAGAACAGGCUCAUAAUAAUAUAACAUGUGCACGUCGAUGUAAUGUUCACUUGUUUUACAGACCAAUUGAAAAACGUUUUGCUAAUGUUUGGAUGAUUGUUUGGGCAAUACUAUGCAUGGGGUCAUGCACAUUGACUAUUGUCACUUUCAUCUUAAAUCGUGCCCGUUUCACAUAUCCAGAGCGGCCAAUUAUUUAUAUAUCAGCAUGUUACUUCUUUUAUUCUGCUGGAUUUAUUCUUCAUGCUCUCAUAGGCCGUGAUAUGGUGGCAUGUAGGAACAAGGUGGAAACUAUAUCACAAUCUUUAUUAUCCAGUGGAGCAUCGAAUGACGGGACGAAGAAAAUUCUUAGAAAUCUAGCCCACUCUAAAAAUAAUGUUAGCUUUCUAAUAACUUCUGGGCAUGAAGGCACAUGGUGUACCAUAGUAUUCCUUAUCCUCUAUUAUUUCAGUCAAGCUAGCUAUAUUUGGUGGGUUAUGCUAGCCAUAGCUUGGUUUUUGUCAGCCUCCUGUAAAUGGGGUUGUGAAGGGAUUGAGGCUGUCAGCAGCAUCCUUCACAUGCUCGCCUGGGCCUUGCCAGCAUUAAAAACUAUCAUUAUACUAAUUAUGCAUCGAAUUGAUGCAGAUGAGUUAACUGGACUAUGCUUUGUCGGCUACCAAAAUCCAACCAGUCUACUGACAUUUAUUUUACUACCACAAAUUAUCUACUUACUAUUGGGUAUUUUGUUUUUGUUUAUUGGAUUUUACUCAUUAAUAUCCGUUCGGUCGAAUCUCAGACAACACUCAAAGUAUUUAAAUAAUAAUAAUUCAAACACUACAACAGCUACAAUUAAAUCAAACUGUUGUAAUUCACAGUUCAAAGGAAAUCCAGCUGUAACUACGUCAACUUCAUCAGCUGCUCAAACUGCAGUUAUUCACACAUCCAGUCCAGUGAUUGCCUUCAACAACGGAAAUAUAAGACGUUUAGAUAAAUUGAUGAUAAAAAUCUGUAUAUUUUCAAUGUUGUACAUUAUACCGACUGUUUGUGUUAUCGGCGUCAAUAUGUACAAUUAUAUUAAUUACCCAAAAUGGAUAAAAACACUUGAUCAGUUGGAUAAACAAGGCAAUUGUCUAACAGAAUUCGGCACAAUUUGGUCUCUGAUCAAUCAGUGUCUAGGUGAUAAACAAUUUCCAUCGGUUGAAGCUAAUAUGCUACAAAUAUUCAUGUCAUUAGUUGUUGGUAUGACAUCAGGUAUGUGGGUUUGGUGUAACAGAAAGUCAUCUGAAACAUGGUUAAACUGUAUGCGAGGAAGGCGUAAAGAGCUAUCUCAAAACAAUUUCAACUUUCAUCACCACAAAUGUGGAGGUGCUUUAAGUGGUGGUGGUGGUGGUUUUAUGGAUAAUGCUAAUACUACUACUAAUAAUAAUAAUCACAUGUCGAAAAUCGAUCGGAAAGUACAACCAAUAAAUGCAGAUUGCUGUAAUUCUAGAAACAGAUGUGCAAUGAACAGUCAGUGCACAGGGAACACUAUGAAUUUCGAAAGUCUACAGAGCAAUAGUGGUCAGGUGAUGGGUGAUUCGUCUCAUUUCUGCCAUCAACAUCACCAUCAUCAACAACAGGGGUUGGUAUCAACCACCCUGAGAAAUAUAAUGCCUUCUGGAUCAUUUGGUUUAUCAUCUGGAAGUGGUUCAUGCACAAGUGCUGUGCCAAUAUCCUACGGUAUGGGAGCAAUGGACAUUUCCUUGGUUAACUCAAAUAAAUCGAACUAUUGUAUGCGUUCAUCGCAGAGGCAGGCAAUUAAAACACGGCCAACAAACAUUGGGCGGCCGGAUAUCUGAUUCUCUAAGAAUACUUCAAUAGUAAAUAUAAUGUAAAUUUUUUUAAUGUACUGCAUUACUGGAACUUUUAUAACUACAUAAAUAUGAAUGAUUAAAAAAACAACAACAUUUUAUUUACUGCAUUUUUAUAUUUCGAAAGCUUAAUAAUAUCAUCAGCAUGCUUUAUUAUUCCAUUAUUUACUUCAUCAAGUUACCUUGUAAAUUAUGUCAUUUUUAUGCUACUUCUUGUUAUCAACUUUAAAAGUAAUUUGCACAAAGGCAAACAAACACACUCCAUGCUCAUUUUUGUAUAUAGAUGAGUCUACUAAUAAUUUCAGCUACCCUUGAUUUAAGAAUAGUAUCUCUUUUUAUUUCCUUUGAAUGGGUGUCUUCGAUCUACCGGAAUACUAAUCCUGAUUUCACUGCACGAUAACACCAACAUCAGGUCUAUUCAGAUGUGUGGCAUUGAAAUGGUGUCAAGAAUUUUGCGCUAGUCAGUGAGAUAAUUGUUCAUUCGAAAUAAAUAGCAAUGAAAUAAUCUGAAAGAAAUCAACACUUAUAAAGAACAAAUAAUAUCAAAUUAGCGUUUGUAUCAACGUUCUUAAAAUACCCGGCCUGUUGUUAUUGCUUUUUUUAGAAACAAAGAAGAGUACUUUCGUAAUUGCGUAAUUAUAAAUUGCCCAUUAAACUGAUUCCGUGUUUCUUCAUCUGGU